AUGUCUAUUACUCAGCCUGAGUACACCGAAAAGAUCCUAGAAAGAUUUAACAUGAAAAUAUGCAAUACUCAUGACACUCCGAUGAUAACUAGACAAGUUAAAAAUAGAAACAACAAAAAUAAAACAAAAUUAGAUGAUCCAACUGAUGCACCUUAUAGAGAGGCUAUAGGGAGUUUGUUGUAUCUGGCCGGUGCAACCAGACCAGACAUAGCUUACGCUGUGAAUUUGUUGUCUAGAAGACAAAACAAUCCAACAAAAGGAGAUUGGACUGAGUCAAAAGAAUUUUCCGAUAUCUUAGAGGAACAACUGACUUGGGUUUGUACUAUAGAGGUAAAACCGAAGUCAUGGAAGCUUUGA